AUGGCGUCAAAGAGCGGCUGGACCGAAUCUACGGAUAACCUCGCCACGGUGCAGAGGGUCGAGACCCCCAACGCCCUGGUGGUGGGAUCGACGCAGUUGUUCGAGGGAGGAGUUAUUCGAUUUGUGCCUAUGCCCACACCGGAUCCCAAGGUCGGAUCACUCGCCCUCGCGGCUGAAUUCAUUGUUGGUGCCCUAGUCCCAGUCUUUGUAUUGGAGUACUCUGGCAUCGAUCCCCACAUCCUCAGCCAGAUCGAUAUCUCGGCCCUGAACAAGCCCGGCGAAGUCAACCUCGACCCCGUUAAGCUUCUUGCUGGUCUCGGCGGGCCGCCGCUGUACCAGGUCGCCUUGCUGGCCUCCGUCCCCUUGCUCGUCAAUGGACUCAGUUCUUAUCUCCUUGUACCGCUUUCGGUUGCCGUUGGCCGUCGCCCCGUGCUUCUGCUCUCUGGUUUCUUGGCAUGGACUGGAGGUCUCUGGGCCGGCUUCUCUCAGGGCCUCGGAAGCCAUUUGGCUGCUCGUUGCUUCCAGGGAUUCGGCGCAGGUGCCGUUGAGGCUCUGAUUCCCCUCAUCAUUCAGGAUAUGAUGUUCAUCCACCAGCGUAACAAGGCCAUCUCUUCCGUUGGUGCUUCUCAGGGUCUCUUGAUUGUGAGCUUGGGUAUCAUGAGUCCCAUUAUUGUCUCCCGCCUCUCUUGGCGCUUCAUCUACUGGAUCACCUCCGGUGUUGGUGUGCUUGCCUGGAUUGGUCUCAUCCUGCUCGUACCCGAGACCCGCUGGAUUCGCAGCGACGAUGAGCUUGCUGGUAAGGAGGUUUACCCCCUGCGCCCCGGUGAAACCCGUCCUCGCAUCGACGAAUCGACCUUCCGCCCUCGCUCCAACUGGGAUGAGUUCGGCAUUUUCAACUACGGCUACGAGUGGAAGGAGGCCAAGCAGUCCGUCAUUGACAUGUUCAAGACGACUCUGUUCCCCAACAUCAUCUGGGUCAUCAUCAUCAACUCCAUUCUUGUUUCCAUGCAGGGCGCUGCUGGUCAGGUCGGUUCGUCACUCCUGAUUGCUGCCGGCUGGAAGUUCGAGACGCUUGGUUUCGCCGUCAUCCCCAUUGUCAUCGCCAGUCCGUUCGUCUGGUUCUUUGGUGGUUACGUGGCCGACAAGAUUUCCAACUACGUCGCGAAGCGUAACGGAGGUCGACGUGAGCCCGAGGCUCAUCUUCUCAGCUUGGUGUUCCCUCUUCUCGCUUCCAUCGUCGGCCCGAUCUUGUUCGGUUACGCCGGUGAGAAUAUUCGAACACUGCCUUCGAUUGUCGUGCUCGUCUCCAUCUUCUUGAUCGGCUUCGGCUUGUUGACUGCCAAUACCAUUUUCGCCGUUUACUUGGUUGAGAGUUAUCCCCGAUUCGCAGGACCCGUCCUGGUCAACGUCUCUUCAUCCCGUCUCAUCAUCGGUUUCAUCAUGUCAUUCAACGUCACCACCUGGAUUGAGCAGCUCGGAUUCUUGAAGAACUUUGGCAUUUACAGCGCAGCGCUCGCGGGUGUUUCGAUGCUGUUGCCCGUCAUGUACAAGUACGGCAAGCCGAUGCGUGCCUGGACCGCCGGCCGCCUCGAGCCCCAGGUCGCUCCGGCCAAGACGCUCGAAGACGACGACCAGUACUGGAACAACGAGCGGCCGCAGUGGCAGGACGAGAAGAUGGGUACCCCCAUCGGCAUUGCUCGGCCGAUGUAA